AAGGUCAACGUUUGCUCCAUUUUUCUAAUCUAGCAAACAAAAAAGGAAAGCAAAUUCACAGGUUUAGAUUUAGCCGCCAAAACCAAAAGUGAGGAACAUUUACAUCAGAAUGGGAAGUGCAGACCAUUUAGAUAAGAUCACAGACUCUCACAAACAACCAACAAACAAAAACUAAUAUUUGUUAAUAACGUGUAAAGGAGCAGCACUAGCAAAUGGGAGGAGUGGAGAAUGGCUUACAAUUACAAAGUCAUUUGGCCGAACCAAACCCCCCUCUGAAUUCUGAAUUCUGAUGACGACUUUUUUUUCUUUUUGGUUUCUGCUGAACGAUUCAAACCCAUCUGUCUGCUGCUGUUCUAAUCCAAUCUCAAUUCCUCCGUCCAAACUUGGCUCUGCAAAUACAAUUCAAUCAAGUUGUGGUUAAAGUAAACAAGAAUAAUGUUGAUUCUCUGAGACCCACCAAAUUCUCCCCUAUCAAGUAUUCAAUUCAACUCUCCCUCUUCAUCCCCAUCUUCCRUUUCAUUYGACUCAAUUARACCUUCAAUUGCCCAAUCCCCUCAACCAAUUGGUUGGACUUUGGAGUUCAUCCAGAUAGUUCAUGCUUUGUUCCUCUUCUUAUGCUCGAUCAUGGCGUUUUUCAGUACAGCAGUUGCUUCUUCCUUGUUCUUCGCCAUUGUUUUUGUUUUGGUUCUUCGUUUAAUAUCCAAAACAUCUCUGGUCUACAUGGUGGUCAAGGGUUUUCAAUCAAUUACAGAUUACUUUCAUGUCCAUCAAUACUACAGGAUCCCCCAAUACGACGAGCAUCUCCGGCAUAAUCAACUCUACCUCCGAGUUCAUACCUAUCUCCAUUCCUUACCUUCGCUCGAGGACUCCAAUUUCACGAACAUGUUCUGCGGGGCAAAACCUAGCGAUAUCUUCCUCCGCCUGGACUCCAAUCAAACCAUCCAUGAUUCCUUCCUCGGGGCGAAACUCUGCUGGACAAUCGAGAUGCGUAGGGAUCAUCAACAGAACGGCCAUUUUUCAUUCGUUCUAAAGCUGAAGAAAGACGAUAAGCGCAGGAUUUUCCGGCAGUACUUCCAACACAUCCUCUCGAUCUCCGACGAGAUCGAGCAACGGAAGAGAGAAAUUAAGAUGCAUAUCACCGUGGAGGAACGCGGCGCAAGACGGUGGACGGCGGUGCCUUUCACGCAUCCGGCCACGUUCGAAACGCUGGCGAUGGACGUCGAUUUGAAGAACAAGGUGAAAUCCGAUCUCGAACAGUUCCUGAAAUCGAAGCAGUACUAUCACAGAUUAGGUCGCGUUUGGAAGCGGAGCUUCCUGCUGUAUGGUGAGGCGGGCACCGGAAAGUCGAGCUUCGUGGCGGCGAUGGCCAAGUUCUUGCAGUACGACAUCUACAACAUCGACAUGUCGAAAAUCUCAACCGAGUCCGACAUGACGGUGGCGCUUCUCCAGACGAGCCCGAAAUCGUUGAUUCUGGUGGAGGAUCUAGAUCGGCAUCUGACGACGAGAUCGACGGCGGCGAGUGUAUUGAACGGAAUCGCAUCGUACUGCGGGGAGGAGCGGGUGGUGGUGUUGACGAUGAACGAGAAGAGCGGCGGCGUCGAUGAAGCGGUGCGACGGCGGGUGGACGUGCAGAUUCAUUUUCCACCGUGCGAUUUCUCGGCGUUCAAGAUUCUGGCGGUGACCCAUCUGGGGGUGAAGGAUCACAAGCUGUUCUCUCAGGUGGAGGAAGUUUUUCAGAGUGGGGCCAGGCUGAGCCCCGCCGAGAUUGGAGAGAUCAUGAUGGCCAAUCGGAGCUCGCCAUCUCGAGCGUUCAAAUCCAUCAUAUCUGCUCUGCAGAUCAACGGCGGGGAUAAGGAUGCACUGGAGUAUAAUGAGAUUGGAUCUAGACGAUUAUUUUUGAGAGAUGGYUUAAGCAUGGGGAAGUUGUAUGGGCUUUUGAAAUUGGGGAUUAGAAGAAAUGAAGAGUGUUUGGAUUCUGAUUCCAUGGAGAAAAAAGGAUUGUGAAAAAUCAAGGUUAGAUUUUAGGAUUAUUCAAUUCAUAAAUGUAUCAAAUUAAAAGUAUUUGUGAAAAAUAGGUACCGCAGUAAUACUUGAAUUUUCUCUCCUAACCAAUUAAUAAAU